AAAGCUUCAACUUGUAUACUUUCACAACACACUACUACUGAAAAUUCAGAAUAAGCUUGAAACCAUGUCGACUUCUUUAAUGAUCUUCCUUCUUCUCUUUCAUCUACUGGCCUCAUUCUCCUUCACUGAUGGGACACAGUUGAUACUUGUGAACAACUGCAAUGAAACGUUAUGGCCUGGAAUACUUGGCAGCGCAGGUCAGCCCACUCCGGAGGAUGGUGGUUUCAAGCUUGACAGUGGCGAGGAAGUAGUCUUUGAUGUGCCAGAAAAGUGGUCGGGGAGGAUAUGGGGUCGGCAAGGCUGUAACUUUGACAGAAAUGGGAAAGGCUCAUGUGACACUGGAGACUGCGCUAGCCAGCUUCAUUGUCAAGGCGCUGGCGGUGCUCCACCAGCAACUAUAAUUGAAAUGACUCUUGGUUCAUCUUCUUCACCUUUGCAUUUCUAUGAUGUGAGUUUAGUCGAUGGCUUCAAUUUGCCUGUCUCAAUGAAGCCUGUUGGCGGCGGAAUUGGGUGUGGCGUGGCAUCGUGUGAUGUUGAUGUGAACAUUUGCUGCCCAUCAGCACUGGAAGUAAAAGUAGGAGGCAAGGUAGUGGGGUGCAAAAGCGCCUGCUUGGCUAUGCAAUCAGCUGAGUUUUGUUGCACAGGCGAAUAUGCAAACCCACAGACUUGCAAGCCAACACUUUUUGCUCAUCUGUUCAAGGCUAUUUGCCCAAAGGCCUAUAGUUAUGCGUUUGAUGACUCUUCCAGCCUUAAUAAAUGCAGGGCUUCACGGUAUGUCAUCACUUUCUGCCCUCCCAAAUGAGCAAUGACAUGGGAAAUAAGGGAUGUCAGUGAAUUUUCCAGUAAUUACUGAUUGAUAUAUGUACUUUUUUGCAGUUUCUUUUUUCUUUUUCAUUUAUAGAUGAUAGAAUUAUGAAGAUCUAUCUGUAAUAGAUGGAGAGUGAAUCAAGGAAAUGGAUCAUACUAGUUUUUUUC